CUUGGUUCAGAUGUUUAUGUGUGAAAGUACAUGACAUUAAUUGCCUCAUCAUGUUUUCUCAAAUUCACGUUAUUUUCGAUCUUUUGCUGUUCUGUUUCCACGCAAAGGCCCUGGUCAAUCAUGGCGACACUCAAGCCAGAAUCUUGAUUUUGGGGGCGGGGGCUUCUGGCUUACAAGCGGCCAGGACUCUCCACGAUAACGGAAUGGAUGACUUCAUCAUCGUCGAGGCUGCUGAUCGGAUCGGUGGGCGCGUCCAGAGCGCACAAUUCGCUGGCUACACAGUGCCGCUUGGGGCAGGUUGGGCGCAACCAGCAGGUUCCCAAGCGGAUCAACUUGUCCGCGAUCUUGACUUACGUCGUCACACGAGUGAUUACGACAGCUUGACUAUCCGCAACGCGACCGGGCACGAUGUGACUGACGAGGCCGAUGCGAUCUACGAGCGUCUGGAGAAGGCCAUCGACAAACUUAACGAACUGAGCGCAAGACUGAAAAAGAAUGACGAUAUACCAGACAUGUCUCAGCGUUCUGCCCUUCGAAUCGGUGAGUGGAUACCACAAAGUGCGAUCGACAAGGCGAUCGAAUGGUUUGAAUAUGAUUUCGAGUACGCAGACGGACCUGAGGUUUCUUCUACUAAGGCAGUAGGUUCAGACGAAGGGGAAGAGUUGUACAUCACCGACACAGGAGGGUUCGAACGAAUCUUUGAUGAGGUUGCUGGUUUCCUGACGACGCCAGCAUACAUCAACCACACCCGUCUGAACCAGAAGGUGGUAUCCAUCGAUUACAGGAAUGACAUAUCAGUAGUCGUGACGUGUGAGGAUGGCACGCGAUACAUCGGCGAGUACGUUCUUAUCACCUUCAGCAUCGGCGUCUUGCAGAACCCUAAUUUGAUCCAGUUCAUCCCGACUCUCCCGGAAUGGAAAGAUGUUGAGAUUAAGAAAUUUCAGAUGGCUGCGUACACCUCCAUCUACCUCAGCUUUCCCAGCAAGUUUUGGGAUGACACUGAGUGGGUUCUGUACGCCAGCGAGAGAAAGGGUUAUUUUCCAGCGUUUCUCAACUACCAGGCAGCUGGGCUGUUUCCGAACGGGAGUCCAGUGAUAGUGGUCUUUGUUAUUGGUGAUGAAUCUCGGCGCGUUGAGGCACAACCUUCAGACGCGACCAAAGCCGAGAUCCAACAAGUCCUUCGUGACAUGUACGGUGACAGCAUCCCUGAAGCCACCGGCAUCCUGGUGACUGACUGGUCUCAGAAUCCCCUCACCAAAGGCUCCUUCAGCAACGUCCCCGUGGAGGUUCCUACCAAAUGCCGCCAGAAACUCCAGAGCCGAGUGGGUCGCCUCUUCUUCGGUGGCGAGGCAACUUCCGACCGCUUUCCUGGCUACAUCGUCGGGGGUUUAGACUCAGGGGACCGCGAGGCCCGCAAGAUGCUGCAGUGUCUUGAAGAUUUCAAGGAGUGUCCGACCUUUGAAGGAGACGGCCUCGAAUGCGAACAGGCUGAAGCUGAUUCAGCCUGCUCCGUACCCAGCAUUAAUACAGCCUUUCUUGGCCUUUUUGGUCUAUUGGGGAUACUAUGUUAUAUCUAAAAGUGAAAAAUAACAAAGCGAUGAGUUGUGGAAUGGCAAAACGGCGUUUUCCAACACUGUGUUUUUCAAGGUACAUGAAAACAUUUUGUAUUAUUUCAAGGAAACGAUUUAGAUGCACAUGAUGACCCUUUCCUAUCUUAAUUGUAAAUGGUUUAUAACUAACGCUAUUUGAGUUCACACAGAAUAAGUAGUCUGCAAAUUGAAACAGAAGUAUAGAUGUUCAGUUAUUGCAUUUUGUUAAAACUGAAUAACAUAAAUUGAUUUUUCACUCAUUUUGCUACUGCUAUGUUACCGAUCAUGUCAUUGCUAUACUUGAGGGGUUUCUGGGCAUAAGCUCCCAUUAAGUUUUCUACUGAUUUCAAUCUUGGUUUAUUUUCUUCCAAAGGAUUUCAAUAAUUGUAGCUGCCAUUAUUAUUAUUAUAAUUAUAGCUUUUUUGUUUACGUCGGUUUCAUUUUGACCGUCAGUUUUAAUAAUUAUGUGGCCUUUGAAUUGUUUUUACUGCAGUCGGCUGGUUUUUAAUCAAGAUCAUUUCAUCGGGACGGUGAUGGGUGUGAUGUAAGUGGAUAUCUGUGGGGAUUUAUAACUAUAUUAUGCACAAUGACUGCAAUAUUGAGGAAAUAGUAUAUGCAUCAAGCUGACUGUACAUGUGCUAUAUGGCCUACUAAUGGGACAGAUAGGGGCACUGCCGCUGGAACAAACUUUUGUUAGGGGGUGCUGGAAUCUAUAAAGGACAGACAAAAUUAAUACGAAAGCGGAGCGCAAACUCAAGCCCUCACGUCGUGGCUCAAUUUGGAAUAUGGAUGCUCUGUGGUGCAAUCUGAGGCGAUGCUUGGCCACUUUCAUGUGAAUUUUUUUAGCAAAAGUUUUUUUGAGAUUAUAAAAACAAUUUAUUUUAUUAGUUUGUUUAGAAUAUACUGUUGCUCUUAAAAUGUUUAACUGUACUAACAAGUGGAGAACCCUGUAUUUUU